AUGACACCGGAGUUUAGUGUUCACAAUUCAAUAUACAUUCCACCGGUUGUGGCCAACAAUUUCCAAAUCAAUUCCGCCGUCAUCACACUAGUCCAAAACCAACCUUUUGGCGGAUUACCGGCGGAGGAUCCACACGUACAUAUCACCCGAUUCAUCCGAUCGUGUGGUAUGUACCGUCAAAAUGGAGUGACCGAAGAGGUUGUAAGACUUAAAAUGUUCCCAUUUUCGUUGAUAGGAGAAGCCGCAAGGUGGCUUGAUUCGCACAUUGACAACCAUUUCCGGUUUUGGGACCAACUCCACCGAGUGUUCAUGCAAGAGUUCUUUCCGUUGACCAAGACAUUAAAGCUUAGAAGGCAAAUCCAAGACUUUAAACAAGGGUCAUUGGAAACCUUAGCGGAUGCAUGGAGGCAGUUUAAGACACUCAAGCAUCAAUGCCCGCCGGACGUUCUACACCCUUGGGACGUGAUUAGUUCGUUCUACGCCGGCCUCACCGACGAAUGUAAACUACUAUUGGACUCAUCAUCGAGGGGAUCUUUCGUAUCUACAAGUCCCGGAGAAGCGGAAGAGUUGAUAAGAACCAUCUCAUCAAACACCGGGAAUUGGUAUAAUCAAAGAGAGUCUAAAGGAGGUUUGUAUGAAGUUAGUGCCAAAACCGCAUCUCAAGCCAAAGUGGAAGCACUAGGGCUUGACGUCAAGAGGUUACAAGCACAAAUAGAAAAGAUGCACAAAGCUCAAAGAGGAGAUCCGUGCAUGACAUUGGCUCUUUAUUGUGAUAAGUGUGGGGGUGCACAUGGAGCACAUGAGUGCACUUCCAACUACGAGGAUGGUCCGUAUGAACAAGUUGAGGCCGUGGGGUAUCCAAGGCCAAGUGAUUACAAUUCUUAUGGAAAUAACAACACUCAAAAUUGGAGGCAAGAGGAUUCCAAGAAAACCGGGGGUACCAAUCGAAUCAAUAUAUCUAACCAAGGAGGAGCAUAUAGACCACCAAUGUACCAAGGGAACAACCAUGGUGCUAAUCAACUAAGAGAAGAGGCUCCUAAAGAAAGUAUGGAAGACAAGAUGGUUAGAAUGUUUGGUGAACUAAGGCAAGACAUGACCAAUAUGAGGCAAGAAUGGAAGCAAGAUUUGAGACAAGAAAUAUCAACCUUGAGACAAGAGCAUCACGCUUCGCUAAGAAAUUUGGAGACACAAGUUGCACAAAAUUCCAAGGCGUUGGCUGAGAGACCACAAGGUGCACUUCCGAGCACCACGGUGAACAACCCCCGAGAGAGGGUGCAUGCCGUGACCCUUCGGAGUGGCAAGGAGCUCCCAGAGCCGACCUUGAAGAAAAGCACCAACUCCAAGAGUCCUAUCGAAGAAGAAAUAGUCGAAGUAGUUCUUGAACAUGACAAGGAGCAAGAAAAGGAAAAAUCUCCAUUACCUUCAAGUCCGAAAGCCGCUCAAUCUCGAGAUAAAGGGAAGGAAAAGGUGGAUUUACCGAUGUAUCAACCACCACUCCCAUUUCCCGGGAGAGUGAAGAAGAACAUGGACAAAACGCAAUAUGGUAAAUUUCUUGAACUUUUGAAACAAUUGCACAUUAACGUACCAUUUCUUGAUGCUUUAGGUCAAAUGCCACGUUAUGCCAAGUUCUUGAAGGAUUUGUUCACCAACAAGAGGAAGCUAGAGGAAUCGACUACGUUAGAUUUGGGCACGCUUAAGCCCACUCGCAUUUGUAUUCAAUUGGCCGAUAGGUCAAUCAAGCAACCCAAGGGGGUUGUUGAGGAUGUCUUAGUGAGAGUUGACAAGUUCAUAUUCCCCGUUGAUUUUGUCAUUAUUGACAUGGACCCCGAUCAUGAGGUGCCAUUAAUUCUAGGUAGGCCAUCCUUGGCCACCGCUCGGGCCCUCAUUGAUGUGGGGAGUGGGAAGCUUGUCCUUAGAGUGGGUGAGGAAUGUGCCACCUUCGACGUGUCAAAAUUGACUAAGUACCCUAUGACUAAGGAUGACGCGUGCUACUAUGUGGACGUUUUCCAUGAGCACGUUAAGUUGGUUUAUCCUAAUCUUGUGGGCAAGUUGAAAAAUGACGCCCUCUUGAGAGUCUUGGAUGAUAAUGAUGACCUUGAAUCUUUUACUUUUUAUGAUAAUGCUUUGAUUAAUGAGAAUGAUGAUAAUUUGCAUGAGAUUGUGUGUGGUGAUGAUGAGAUGCAUGUUGAUGAUAAUGUGUGUGAUGUGAAUGAUAUUGAAUUUGUGAAUUUCUUUGAUGAUUGCCUUGAUGAUGCUAUAUAUAUUCAUGAAUUGAUUGGUGAAGUUGAGGAGGAAUGGAUGGAUGUGAAAGGGAUGUGUUGUUGA